UAUACACAUAUAUAUAUAUAUAUACAUAUACGGAGGCGAUGCAACACGCGAAUCGUGCGAAAGGUAAUGGGCAAUCUUACGUGGGGGGAACUGAUGUACAUGAUCGAUCUUUCGCACGAUUCAUUCUUCCCUCGUUCUUCUCGCGUCUCAUUGUUUUAACGCGAUAUUCCUUGCGCCUCUUGCCCCGCUCUUUCUCUCGUAUGAGCGACAUUCGUUUGCUAUAAUUUAGUGUGAUGUCGGUGAGAAUGCUCGCGAUUCUUGAAACGCUUGAAGAGAAGCGCGAAGAUAUUGUGAAUCUCAGUUAAUGAUGUACAAGUAAAACGGUAACGAGUCGUGUGGCCGUUCGUUUUUCUAGCGUUCGAUGAAAGUUGUGUGAGUAUGUAUGUGUGUGUGUGCGCGCGCGUGUUGUAAAAGUGCUGGACAAUGUUUAAUCAUAAUUUAAAUUAAGAGCAUGUCUAUUAUUCUGUUCACGUAUUGAUGAAUUCUUUAUUGAUUUGGAACGCACUCUUGCAAUUCAUCAUCAUUCUUCGUUGAAUUCUUCUUAAAUAUAAUUUUUGAAUGAAUAAUAAAAGUUCUUAUGACGGCGCGGUUUUCUCCGCCGAAACUUACAAGCGAAUCUUUUUCAAUACAAAGUACGAAGAUGCAUUAAAAUUCUACAGAGCUGAUUCGUAAUCACCUUUUAAUUACUUCCCGACUGCGGUUGAACACGUUCGAUGAUUCCGUGCAAAAAAUUAGUAAAAUGGUAGAAGAAUGAUAAGGGAGAAAAAUGCGAUAAUGCUGUUGGUAGUGUAUAAUAUUAACUCUCUUUUCCGUCUGUGAUGAUAAGUAAAACAAAAGGAAGAGAACAGAGAUUAUCAUCGUGUGAUCUCGCGGUCUUAAUAUAACAUAGUAGCCCGACCGCGGAUCCGCAAUUUCAAGCGUUUGCGUGUCCUUUGCGGCCACCUGAUGUUUCUUCUUAACAUUAAAAUUAUAGAUGCGUGUAAUUGUUGAAUAUAUAUUUUAAUAAAAUCAAUGUGGUUCUCUCUCGUGAAGUAAGACUCUUUAGCUGGGGCAUUCGCGCAGCAGCAGCAGCGGUAGCAGUUUCGAUGCGAAUAAUAAUGCCGAUAAUUUAGGGAUAUAUUUUUGAAAUGUGUGCAUAUAAUGUACAUAAGCGCACUUGUAUCGAUUCGCACUUGUAAUAGAUAGUGCGCGCUGAUCGCGCAUGAAUGGAUACUUUAAGCGGAUACGGAAAAAACAUAUAUAUUCAAAUAUUAUAGAUCUAUAUAUAUUUCACGCAGAUGAAUAUGUGUUGCGUGCGUUUAUCUAUAUAAAUAGAUAGAUAUAUACGCAUGUAACGCAUAUUCGUAGUGCUAAUUGUUGCCCGUUGAUUGGGGCGGAUUUACGCUUCACGUGCGGCGAAGAAACCUCGAUGUGUAGAGCUUAGAUCGGCCCAACGUUUACGAGAAGAAUGAUAUUUUAGAUCUGUCGGAUGGAUACUUGCAUAAAAAAGAGAGAAAAAAUGCGAGCCAAAGGAUAUUCUCAAUGCGUAUAUACGUAUAUGAAUAUAUAAUAUAUUAUAAAAGAAUGAUAUAUUCACACGCACACAUGAUAAAGAAAAACUGUUAACGGAAAGAUUUUACGUUGAUGUUUAUUAUAUAAGAAUAACAACUAUAUAUAUAGUAUAUAUAUGUAGUAUAUAUAAGUAUAUAUGUAUAUAUAUGUAUAUAAAUAUAUAUAUAUAUAGUUUAUGAUUAUAUUACAGCCGUGACACACAUAUACGCACGCGCGCGCGGAUAUGUGUAUGCGUGUUUAUAUGUAUAUACAUACAUAUAUAUCUAUAUUUUUACGUGUAGAUAUUUUUUGGUAACUUGUUACAAUAAUCUGAUUAGAACAGUUAAGUAUGUACACACAUAUCUAUAUAUAUAUAUACAUAUAUACAUAAAGAAAGAUAUAUGCGUUGUAAAUAAAAGGUAAUAGCUUUUGUCAUCGCGCGUGAAAGCUAAUAAAAAAAAUUUUGUUACCGUUACAACGACAGAUUACAGCAUUUUCCGAUUAUUCGUGGAACAUAGUUGUCGGCUCCGCUUGUAUCAAAUUUUUUGAGGAAAUGAUCAAAACUGCAAAAAUUGAUUUCCGUUGCCGUUAUAUUGUACAUAAGUCUUUAUGGUUACUCAGCUAAGGAAAUGUUGAUAUUAUUACAAUAAAGAGCAGAUUGUAUUCGGCUUUACUUUAUACAUACUUGUGUAUUUAUAAUAUUUAUUACGUUUUUCAUAUGUUGAUGUAAUAAAGUUUUAGGUAUACUUUAUAUUAUGAUCGCUCCUGUACAUUCCUCUUACCUUUAAGAACGAGCGUAAAUUUUUUUCUGUAUCUUGUGUCUCGAAUAUGACACAACUCUUCGGAAAAUAUAAAGUAUCACAGGAGCUAUAAAUAUGUUUUUUUUUUCAGGACACCCGAUCGAUACCUUUUGUUUUGGGCUGUUAAACUAAUAUUUCUUUUGACAGCCGUCCUUUCUCUCCUGCACAAGCCACAUUUCGAUCAUCCUCGUAAAUCUACAAGUGUGUGAAGCAAUCCCACAAGACAUAAAUUUAAUAAAUCUCUCACUAACUAACUUCUCCAUCUAUUUUUACGGGAAAGAAAUAUCAUGUGUCUUCGGAUUAGUUGGAAUAAUGUAUGAAGAGCGUGAGAUAUCAAGAGAGGUAAAUCUUGGACGAAGUUAAAAGGUAAUGGAGAACAUCGGAGAGGGUGAUAUAAGUCGAACCGAAGGAAAAGGGAGGCUCUCGCCUCGCUACGAUUUCGGAAAACGAUGGCAUCGCUUUCGGGUUCUCACGUCACAUUCGUUUAUCCUUCGGGGUUCCCGCGCGAUGAGCGAUCCGCGAUUCAAGUACAGAAGUCGCGGACGGCAAGCGGCACCGUGCUCGGUGGUGGCCGUCGCUUACGGACGUCUAUUCGAGCCAAAGGAAUGGACGAGGGAUCAUGUGGACCAAGUGCUCGAGCACGGUGACAGGCUGUUCCGCGCGAGCGCCGCAAGAACGCGGUUGAUGGACGACGAGUACAUGAGGACCGAUCGCGUGCACAACGAGUUCUACAUCGAUUUCUGCAAGAUCCUGGUCGGCAUCGAAGACAGCGGUAUCCACGGCAAUCUCUUGAGCGGGUCUAUCGGCUGCACCGAUCUCGCCCAGGGUCUGCACAAGUUUUUAAGGGACAAUGAUUCUGGAGUGAUCACUGCGCAGGGUAGUUCCGUCGCUGUCUGGCAACAAUCUCCCGAUGCCAAAAGUAUUCUGUAUUACGACCCGGCGUCGUGUGACGAGACCGGUCUGCGUCGCUCCGGCGGUGUGGCUUGCCUGAUGAGGUUUAAAUGCAUCAACGAUCUGCACGAUCAUCUGCUGAAGAAUCUGGACCAGCGCUAUGACUCUCGAUACUGCAUCGACAAGGUCACCGUGCUGCGCGUUACAGAGGUCGGUCGCGGUUUCAUCGAUCGUCUACCCGAUGGUCUGCCGAUAAUCCGGAAGAGCAUGUUGCGGUCUAUCGAUCUACCGGACGAGCACAAGACUGAUUGCACCAAGCCGAUACCCAAGGAUGACAAGUCGCGCACACCCGCGAGGAUACGCAGGGAGCCGCUAUCAAUCGCCAUCUCAAAUUACAGCAUCGAUCGUCGUUUCGCCACGGAGCCGUUGGUGAGUCGGAAUGAUUUCGACACCGGCUAUUCCUACGAUGAUAUGCGCGUCAACGUGCCGUCCACGUUUAAAGAGUUGCGCGGCAAAAUGGCGAUUCUUCACGGUUUUACUCACGAAGGCAGCGAGAUUUACAAAGGCAAAGGCGAUCAAAACGUGGCCAACUGUGUGGUGGCUAUUGCCAUGAAGAAGGUUCACCCAGUGAAGACAUGGAUGAGGUCGAAGCUGGAUGAGAUUCUGAAACUCGGUGAUUCGCUCUAUGCUAGCAUCAAGUUCGACAAGCCAACGAUAAAGACGAUGACAGCUGCUGAUUUGAAUGACGCGAAGCUCCAAGUGAAUGAUCGUAAAUUGGUGAUAGACGUGGAUCUGAUCACUGUGACCGGCACGCUCAGUUCCAAGAUGCCGUCAGUGUUAAACCUGAAGCAAGCGUUGGAAGAGUUUUUUCUGGUAAACGAAGAAGGCGUAAUUGAGACAACGUCCAUGGCGGUGGCAAUCUGGAGCCAGGACGAUUGUUACUAUCUGUUUGAUCCUCGAUCCUGCGAUACUGCUGGUGUCAGAAUCGCGAAAGAGAAUGCUACCAAGGUCGCGGAGAGAGAAAGAAAGGAGGAAAUUGUAUCGAAGGAUAUGAAAGACGUAGGAAAUUGCUGCGUGAUUCGAUUUUCCGACAUCGACUCGUUAAUCACUCUGUUUUUGAAGAACGUCGACCCGGCAAGGAAAAACGACCGGUUCACGAUCAGACACGUCGCGAUCGCGGACGAUAUCGUCGGCGUUCGACCUUGGAACGAUUUUCAGCCCGGUGAGGCAGGUAAGACAUGGGUGUUGCGCGGCGGAAUUUCCAACAUGGACGAGUCGUUUGAGGAGGAGAAUCAGGGGCUUCAGGGUCUCGCCAUACCGGUGGUGGCUCUGGUGAGCGCGUGGGAGACGCCACCGGCAAGAUGGAGUAGCGAGACUGUCGACGAAGCGGUCAGAGAGGGUGACGCUUAUUACAACUGGUGCAAGCCUGCCGAAACGGAAGAGGAAACCGAGGAAAGGCCGUUUCUCGUUCAAGAUUUGAAAAGAAAUUUAUACUUCAAGAAUCGAAAAGUGAUCAUCGAUGUGGAGGACACGGCGGUCGUCGGCGAUCUAUUGGCAUCGGAUGACUCUGAGCUACUUAAUUUGAAGGAAGGACUACGUCGGUUCUUCGAGAACAAGCAGUAUGGAAUAGUCGAGGCGAGAAGACUCUCGGUGGCGGUGUGGAAGGUCGAGGAAGAUGUGAAAGACGAAGAUAAGGAAACGUUCUACUACUACUUCGAUCCGAAUCCUCGAGAUAAACUGGGUCAAUCGUCGGCAGAGACAGACGAAGAGAAUUCUGCCUGCGUGGUGCGUACAUCGGAUCUUUCGACAUUGGCGAAUCUCAUCGAGAAGAAUGUCGGACGGGAUCCUAAAAAUAACGAUUUCGCGAUACACGAGCUGAAGAACGUCUCUAUCGGCACGUCAAUGACGGACGAGGAGAUCGAGGCGGAUAAACGGAUACCGAUCGUGCCGGAUCUGAAUAAUUACUCUAGUCUGGGCGACACCGGCGCUCUACUUUUGGGCACCAUCGAGCAAGGAAACGAGACAGCCUUUAAACGGCAAACGAGGGACAAACAGGAGGCUGCCAAUUCUUUGACGGCCUUGGCCAUGACCAAACUCUACAAUCCUCAUCUAUGGUAUCGCGAACUCGUGGACGACAUCCUGAGGAUCGGCGACAAACUCACCGUCGAAAACCUAGCAAAUCUGCCCGAAGCGGAGGCUGAGGAGGAAUCACCCAGGAAUUAUCUUCUCCCGUCGGAGAUUGCGGAAGACUUCACCAUAGGUGUCAAUCGAAUAUCGAUUGGUCUUGAGGAAGAGUCUAUCACUGGAAAAACGGCGGAUGUGUCGACGCUACUGGAGCAGUUCUUCGAAGGGAACGCGAUGGGAGUGUUUCGUCAGGGUAACGUGAUGAUGCCGAUUUGGAAGGAGGGCAAUGUGUUCUUCACAAUGGACCCUAGAGGCAGGAACGUUCACGGCGAACCUGGGAAUAAGGAUGGAGCCGCGGCGGUGAUGUGGUUCACCGAUAUCCCCUCGUUGGCCGGCGUUCUACGGGAGGUCGCGCAACAGGACGACGAUUUCGUCAUCGAUGCCAUCACGGUCGAGAAUGCGUACGAAACGCGAGUGGCCGAAGCACGACGAGUCAAAAAGACCACCUCCGGAGAGGAUCUGUGGCACCAUUUUCCCAAACUCGCUGACGGUGUCUGGAGCAUCGACGGUAACAUCGCCAUGACGGAUGAAAGAUUCGACGAGGCAAAUCGCGGCAAGCAAAGCGCAGUCAUUGCCGCGAUGGCCAUCGUCUUCUCCAAGGUCUAUCAACCGAAAUACUGGACGCCGUCCGUUCUUGACGAAGUUAUCGUCACCGGCGACAAACUGCACUCGAAAUGCGUCGAGCGACUGGGCGUGGGUUCGGUGCCCCUGGUGAACGAGAUUAUCAGUGAAUUCUUCUUAUCCAGUCGACGCAUCGCUCUAACGAUCAAGGAUUGCGUUCAAGCAGGCAAUCUUAUCGGGAGACCGCCCAAGAUUCACGAUCUGCGGACUGGUAUCGACAGCUUCUUCGACAAGUACAAUGCCGGUGCAUUGAUCACGCCGGGAAAUCGAAAUAUCGCCAUAUGGAAGACCGACAAUGCAUACUAUGCUUUGAUACCCGACUGGUCCAUCGUUGCAGACGAGACCGCGACGACGGUACCGCGAGUAUUUAGAUUCAGAGACGCGAGUCUCCUCGUAGAAUAUAUUUUACGUCAUCUGGGGACGGCGGACGACUAUCAGAUCACCGCGAUCGACGUGCUGGACCGGGAUAAGCCUUGGAGAUUCGAUCCCAGUCCGGCGAUCCGACCGGCAAAUCUGCCGCCCUUGAACGCUUAUAAAAAAUUGCCGGGCGAGGCGCGGGCGAUUUUGCGCGGUAGCUACCAUCAGGGUGACGAGAUCUUUCCCGAAAUAUUGCGCAACCGACAAACGGCGGCGAAUUGCAUCGUCGCGCUUGGCAUGUCGAUCGUGAAGAGCCCCGUUACCUGGACGAAGAAAACUAUGGACGAGAUUUUAGCGAUCGGUACUGCUGUUCAUCGGGAGUCGAGGAAGGCAAGACCAACCAAAUCGAGAUUGAGACCGAAGGAUAUUAUCAGAGUAUUCUAUGUCGGUGUCAAUGUGUUGACUGCUGACAUCGAGCCCAACACUGUGAGCGGUCUAGUGGCAAUCGCACCUCUCGAUAUAGAAGAGGAAAAGAAGAAAGGAGGAGAAGACAAAACAAAGAUCGACAGAAACAAGAAGGAAAUUCGACGAGGACGAUCGCCAUCUCCGUCUCCGAUUUUACUUGAGGAAGGUCUGCAAGAAUUCUUCCAGAAUAACCGUGCCGGCAUUCUAGUAGUUGAUCGCGGUAUGCUCGCUAUUUGGAAGGAUUUAGGUGUUUACUUUAUGUACAAUCCUAAAGCGAGAAGCGACCAAGGUCUGCCAGAUCCCCAUGGAACUUCAUGCACGAUGUGGUUCGCCUGUAUGGAACCUUUGUACGAUGCAAUCUUCACAAGCAUCGAUCCGCACGAGAGAUACGGGACUUUUGAAAUCUGUCGGGUGAUCGUAAAGACUGCUGUGAUAAAACCCUUGCCGUGUCCAGCUGGUUUCCGGUUUCAUUUCGAUCAUAGUGCAUCACUCGCACCGAUCAUUUCCGCGAAGAAGAUCGCCACGUUGGACGUGAAGCCACUGAGUCAGUAUACCGUCGUGGAGGAGGAGCUCGAUGUUCUACGCGGCAGCCUGCACAUGUGUCAUCGCGUUUUCGGCCUGAGGAACAGAGGUCACCAGAGCACGGCGAUCGCGGCGAUCGCCAUCGUAGUCGGACUGCUACAUGUACCGUCUACGUGGACGCCCGAGCUGAUCGACGCUGUGCUUAAAUACGGCGAUUCACUGUACUCGGACAGCGCACGUUGUGCUCGCGUGAACGCCAGGAAUCUCUCACCCAGCGAACUGCUCACAGUGUUCAUCGUUGGCGAUCUCCGGGCCACCAUCCACGUUCACAAUCAUACCGCCGCGGGGAUACUCCAUACCUUCGAUCUGUCUGAGGCGCUCGCUAUGUUUUUCCGCACGAAUUGCGCCGGGAUACUGCACACGACCAAUCUGGCGGUAGCCGUUAUGCAGCACUAUGGUAAAUUCUAUAUGUUCGACCCGUGCGCGAGAAACGAUCGGGGCAGAUUCGCCUACGACGGGGCCGCCUGCGUAUUUAGGUGCAACAGUGUCGCGAAAAUGGCCGGGAUUUUUGUGGCCAACUGCAAUCUUAAACGGCCAAAUGUGUACACUCUAAAUGCAAUCAAUGUAUUGAGCCUGCAUUUCUUCUCGGAUGCGCGAGACAUUUGUCCACCCAAGUGCGAACAGUAAUGCGUUUUCUAGUCAGGUUUUUUUGUGUGGUACACGCAAUGCAAAAAUCGUUAAUCCAUGUGAAAGAAUAUUCUUAUGAUCCUAAAAUAAAAUCUCUCCUUAUGUUUUGCAGCCGAAAAACGAAUGAGUGGAAAAGGGGGAAAGAAUUCGUACACGCAGCCGAACAACAUUCUCAAAGUGCUAAUUUUAUUUAUAGGUUUUCUUUAUGACACAAAUCACUUUUAGCAUCUACAUGAGUAGGAGUACAGGCUAUACGAGAAUGAAUUUGAUACAGAUCACUUAUUAGUGUAAAUACAAUGUUCCUUUUUCUUCUCAAUUACACGCUAUCAACCUAAAUACUUAGAAAACACUGUACAACGCAGCUGAGAACUGUCGAUUGAUACUUUACAAUAUAGUACAACCACUCCUCUGAAGCGAGACACGAGCACCGAAUUGGGACAGGUCGGCUCGAGCGGACCUUGGUCGUCCUCUCGUCACCGUCACCUUGGAAAGGGAGUGUCGUUUCCUUGCGGACUUUACGAGCGAAUCUCGAUAUCUCCUCUCGAGCGGACUUUAGGCCAUAUCGAGCGAGUUUGCCCGCCAAAGAUUAUUUACUCUGCGUCCCGAAGAUACGUCUCUCUCUCUCCUCUCCUUCUCCCUAAUACGCGUCCUCGAAAAAAACACGAAGACGCUUUUGCGUCUCUGAAUAGUCCGCUGCCGAAUCCUACGUGACGUUGUCUCGUUUCUAGCAAAGUGAAAUGGGAGGCAGGUGAGACGCGAGCGGACAUACUUUUCUUCGAAGAGUUUCACAAAUCCUCAUUUCCGAAGGUUGUCCGUCGAAGAGACUGCUCGCGUCACCCUCCUCACCGUCGCAUACAAUAUUCAAACAUCGCACGACUUUGCGAGUCUUGUUUUCUCGUAGUAGUGGCUACGUCUGUCAGUACAACCAGUAGUGGUGAUAAGUCUCCGCUGUCUCCUUUUCUCUCGUACUCGUCUCUCGUGAGACAUCAUCGCUGGUCGUCCUUGCCCCGUACUUGUUCGAGGAGUAAGGAGAUAGGUAGAUAGAUAGGAAGAUAGAUAAUAGAUAGAUAGAUACUUUGGUUUCUCGAUCGAACAUUCUUGUAUUCACGAGAGUCCACAGUUACUUUACUUCUUUGUUAAGUUCGAGAGCUUCAUGUAUUAUAUGUGAAUCCGUUUUUUCGUAUCGUUUCCGACUCGAUAACGUUUGAUGAGGGAGAUCAAGAUGAGAGUUGCAUUACGUUCGCAAGAAGAUUCAUAUUAAAUGCCGCUUUCAGUCUAUGUAACUAGUUCGAUCGAUAAACGAAGAAAGCGGAAAAGGAUGGGAAAGGAAGGAUAGAUGAAGCUAAAAGAGCGAACGAAAAGGACGGGGAUAAGGAAGGACAUAUUCGCAUCGAUGGGCCUGACGCUUACGACUGACAGAACAAGGUCGAAUAGAUCGUAAUAUAAAAAAAGAGAAACGAUAUGCGUAUUAUCAUUAAUAUUGGCAUGGUGUUGUUAUGGCACGUUUAGUUUUGCUGCUAUACUCAGCGACGCGUUUCUACAGCCGCGGUCUUCGCCGUGCACGGACGUACACCGUGCGAUUCAGUCGGUUGAAAAAAGAAGAGAAGGAAGAAGAAAAAAAAGAAGAACAUAUUGCGGAAGGGAAAGAAGAGAGGAAAAAGAAAACAUUUUCACCGAUGUCCGCACACAUUCGCGCGUAACGUCAACGCUUCCGUUUUGUGGCGCACAAACACGCGCGAUCUCGGCACUCUCUCGUUGGCACCUCCAUUGCACUUUCCCAUGCGUCGCAACAAAUGCAUCUUAUAAAACAUAUUUUUUUUAUGUACAAGAGAGAAACUGCACUCCCCCUGAAAUAAACGCUCGCAGAACAACUGUUGUAAAGGACCCAUUAUGCUGCGCUUUACCUCUUUUGGCCGGUAAUAUAAUAAAGGAAGAUUAAAAUUGCACCGAAAUAUGUCGCACAACGAAACAGAACCAAAUCUCUAACAAUGUGUCGCGCUUAUAUAUAUACUUGAAAUAUAUAAUCUCGAAAUUGUGCGAUUCAAGACUCUUGAAAAUAUUAUCGCGCGUGCGCGCGAAUGAGCUCUGUUGCAAAAAUAUUUAAAAGGCCUUCUAUUGCUUUUUCAUUCUAUUGCUUUUUCAUUAUUAAAAUAAAAUAUCGAAUCUACAAAAUCUAGACGUAAAAUAUUGAAUUUAUUAAAUAUCACACACAAAUUGAUAAAAGACUAAAAAAUUUAAAAAACUAGCAAAAAGUCUCAAUAGCAAAACGGGCAAGAAUAAAAUAGACGAUCUUUUAUCGCACAAUUCACAACCUCUGUUUCAUUCGAAACGUGCGCUUGUGUGUUAGAGUUUUUUUAGAACAAUAACUCGCAUUCUUGAUUUGUUCAUUUUACCGUCCGUUGUCAGAGAGGCCUUUUCGUUCACAUUUGCACGUUACACCACGGUAAACAAGAUAUAUAAUAAAAUGUUAAUUCAUUAAAAAACUGUCGAUAGUCGCCAAUAAAAAUGUAACAUUAUUUUGCGCGUAACGACAAAAAUGCGCAUUAUUCUAACAUUCGCAAAAUGUGAAAUAAAGGCAAGAAAGAAAAAAUAAAAAGAAUACUCGAAUAAAAUAAAUUCUGUUUUACAGAAGGAGUAUAAUUAUACAAUUUUCUUCUUAAAAUCCAGUAAUUGCCGAGAGAUGCGUGUGAUUGUUCCAAUAAUAGAAAUUUUCUUCCUAAAACGAUUUGAAAGAGACAUAUAUUUCU